GUUCACGCCUUUCUAGACCUAAUCUACUAUUUUUCAGUUUUCAGUUCCUAUUCAGUACUUCUUCCCAACUGUCGGUUCUUUAGUUCUUCAGACAGUAGUUCUAAGUUGUCGGACGGCAUUCGGCAGCACGGUUCAAUCUCCGGCUAGCUUCCAGGAAAAACAAAUUUGGGUCUUGUGCAGCCGAAACUUUAGGGCCGCACUGGAAACAACAAGGAGUAUAAUGUUGGCUGGCUCUCGUAUCUCCCACCAUAUACGAGAGUGUAACAGUUACCACCACGCUUAUCUCCAUCACCAGCACAACCAACACCAACUAGGGCUAAGGUUUGGAUUUGGUUUGGUUUUUUGCCCCAGUACAUCAGUCCGUCCCUCAUAUUUAUUGGCGAACUCCUCUUCUUCCUCUCAUCCUCAUUAUUCUUCUGUUCGUAAGACUGGGCUUACGUUUAUUGGUCGAAUUCAGCCUAAAUCCUCUCGCAGUGAAACUACUGUAAUCUCCAAUUGCUUCAGCCAAUGUGAAGAUGAUCAGGUGUCUCCACCAGAAAGAUUAUCUCCUGUGGCAGGAGGAAUAGUGGCAUUAGGGAAGUUUGAUGCCCUACAUAUUGGUCACCGUGAACUUUUAAUACAGGCAGCAAAAGUUGGAGCUCCAUUUCUUUUAUCAUUAGCUGGGAUGGCUGAAGUACUUGGUUGGGAAUCCAGGGCUCCUAUAGUUGCCAAAUGUGACCGAAAACGAGUUCUUUCGGAAUGGACCCCACUUUGCGGCGGUAAGACACCUGUAGAGUUCGAGGUUCAAUUUUCUAAAGUUAGACAUCUAACCCCACGUCAGUUUGUUGAAAAAUUGGCAAAGGAACUUGGUGUCCGUGGAGUUGUGGCAGGUGAGAACUACCGUUUUGGAUAUAAAGCUUCAGGCGAUACAUCAGAGCUUUUGAGGCUCUGUGAUGAUUAUGGUUUGGAAUCAUACAUAAUAAACUCAGUUAUGGACAAAAACCAAGACCCAAAAACCAUAACCUCAAACUCUAGUAGUUCAAAAGAACGAGGUCAAGUCUCAUCGACCCGAAUCCGUCAUGCUCUUGCAAAGGGAGAUAUGAAGUAUGUUUCGGAGCUGUUGGGUCGUGACCAUCGUCUAUUGUUGUUGACAGUUAAACAUGAGAACCUGUGGGUAUACAAUGAGCAUAGGUUGUCUAUCCCAAAAUCUUGUAGCUUAAAUCUUAUGCCGAAAGAGGGUGUUUACGAUAGAUGCUCGCUUCUUGUCGGUGAAACCGUUGUGAUGCCAUGCAGAGUAGUUGUGAAAACGACCGAUAUUCUUUUGGAAUUCGAAAAAGUAGUAGAUAACUGUUUUCUGGAUGGUUUGUAUGAUUUUGAAUGUGUAGGUGUUGAAUUUAAGUCAGGUUCUUGAUCUUAUUAAUUAUUUUUUUUGAGUUUUUGGUUAUUCCUUGGUAUCUUUAUUUAUCAAAUGUUAUCAUCCCCAUGGUAAAUAUUGUUAUACCUUAUUUGGCCAAAAACUUGGCUUUUCUAUAAAAUUUAUGCACUUUACUUC